UCUUCAGAUCUAUUUCAUUUUUCCAUUUUGUUUCUGUUUGGUUAAUGUACGAGUAGUAUGUCUUACUCGAAGUCUUACUGGACGCCCCUGUAUAAAACGCAGACGUCAUUUCUCACGGGUUAAACAAUAAUCAAUAUAACAUAAGAUGAGAUGAGUUCGUGUAGGGGUGACCCCGUGCACUCGAAAUUCGACCAUCACGCCAUCCCCCCAUUGGAUGAAAGGGGGAUGAUAUUAUUACCAGAGAGGGUGGCGCAGUACGACUUCUUUCCGCUAGUUACAUCAGUUUACCAUGCACAAUGUAUAUAAAUAGUCAAGAAACAAUGCCGCAGUGUUUUGUGACGACGUGCCGCAAUUACCACGGGAAGACUCGCGCGGCGACUUCCAAAGUCGUCUACCACAUGUUUCCGUCUUCCCCAAGUCUGGCUUCGAAAUGGACGUCGCUGUGCGGGCACGGGAAGAGCGUCAAACGUCCUCAGUAUUCGCGUGUGUGCAGCGAUCAUUUCUCGCCGACGUCCUACCGAAGGGACCUGCAGCACGAACUGCUCGAUUUGCCUUUGAGGAAGAGACUGAAACGCGACGCGGUGCCCGAUAGGCAUUUGCCUAGCAAGGCCGAGCAUCUGUCGUGCCGAUCGAGCAUGCGAAUCGCGCAAAAGUUGUCGCUCAAGUCGUCGGGUAACUUGAAGAUGGACGCCCUCUGUGAGAAGGGCAAGGUGGAGUUCAUGAUGAAACUUGAUUUGGGCCAAAACGGGAAGCGAGGUAGGAAGAUAGUUGCAAAAGGAGAAUUUAAAGAAAAUUUGAAUGAACAGAACUUCAGGUAAGAUUGGAAGCCGUCAAUGUAGUGCUUUACCCACAUCUGGUGUUAGAUUUACCCAUUUACAGGAACGGGUGGUAGUGCUGCUGUGUGCUUGCACGGUAUACAUCUUAAAGUACCGAGAUACCGGCCUUGAAGGAGGUGAUAACUCCAAUUUAGUAGCUAGUACUUUCAAUUCGCAUAAUUGGCGCUUAAUUAAGGCCUUGUACACAAAAUUAUUAUCUAUGACUGACUCAAAAUUGGGUCAGGUAUACGGUCACUAUGCGCUUUGAAGCGUUCAUUGUGCGCUCUCUGAUAGAGAGUAAGUACCAGAACUAAAAUUUUUUGCAAUGGCACAAAUUAGUGCAUGGUCGGUGCCUAG